AUGGAUAAGUUUUUGAAUUCUAGUAGAAAACGUGAUAAUCCAGAAGUAAUUUCAAAUAUUGAAAAGAAACAAAAAAUCAGAAAAUAUGAUGAUAGUUAUUUGAAUUUCGGAUUUACUAUCACUGUUGUUGCAAACGUAGAACAUCCCCAGCGUGUUGUUUGUUUGAAAGUAAUGGCUGUAGAAAGUAUGCUUCCAAAUAAAAUGAAACGCCAUUUGGAGACAGUUCAUGGAAAUUUGGUGAACAAACCACGUGAUUAUUUCGUAUCAAAAUUAAAAGCUAUGGCUCAACAAAAACAUAAUUUUACAAAACAAGCUACAAUUCCUUCUAAAGCACUACUUUCUUCCUAUAAAGUAGCUUGGCGAAUAGCAAAGAGUAAAAAACCUCAUACUAUCGCAGAAAAUCUAAUUUUACCAGCCGCUAUGGAUAUGGUGUCUAUAUUCCGAUAA